CGCGGUAAAGAGCAAGAUGUCCCGCGGAAGUGAAGAGCAAGAUGAACUACUGUACCAGGACUCAGAUGUACCAGAACGGCGGGAUAACCGGUGCAAAGUGAAGUGGACGCGUGAAGAGGAUGAGCUACUGAAUUCCCUGGUGACAAAGUAUGGACAUGACUGGAAGUUCGUAGCAAGUCAUUUUCCUAACCGCACUGAACAGCAGUGUCAGUACCGCUGGCUAAGGGUAUUAAACCCAGUCUUGGUCAAAGGUCCGUGGACCAAACAGGAAGACCAGAAGGUGAUAGAAUUGGUGAAAAAGUAUGGCACAAAGCAGUGGACGCUCAUAGCCAAACACUUGAAAGGCAGGCUAGGAAAACAGUGUCGAGAACGCUGGCACAACCACCUGAACCCUGAAGUGAAGAAAUCAUCCUGGACAGAGGAAGAAGAUCGCAUCAUCUGCGAGGCUCACAAGGUUCUGGGAAACCGAUGGGCCGAGAUUGCUAAGCUGCUUCCAGGGAGGACUGACAAUGCUGUGAAGAACCACUGGAAUUCCACUAUCAAAAGGAAGGUGGACACAGGAGGCUUUCUUAAUGAAACUAAAGAAUCCAAGCCCCUCUAUCUGCUGGUGGAGACGGAAGGCACGGAAAGCCAAACUGUACAGGAAGCUGCAAGCCAGCCAGCAUUUUUAGCCAACUGGCCUGUGAAUGCCUUGGAAAUCAAAGAGGAGGAAGCCAAUACUGAAGAGCCAACUGGCCUCCACCAACUGCCUUCUGAGCAACCAGCUGUGGGCCUGGAGCAGGACAAUGCCAAGGAAGUCUCAGAAAACAGAGUGCCCCAUGAUGCUUUGGGGGAAGAUUCUCCAUACACGUGGGUGGUAGAAGCUGGCAGCUAUCUGUGUCCUGCUGUUCCAUCCAUUACAGAAGCUCUGGAUAUGAUUGAAUCUGACCCAGAUGGCUGGUGUGAUCUUACUCAGUUUGACCUGCCAGAGGAUCCCUCCGCAAGCAACAGCCUAGAUAGCCAAACCUCCAUCAAGCCUUACUCUUCCUUGCCAAAUGUGACUGCGUACCGUUUGGAUGGCCACACCAUUUCAGAUCUGAGCAAAGGCAGCAAGGGUGAGCUCAUCCCCAUCUCCCCACGCACCGACAUGACGUUUGGCACACCGCCCUCCGUACUCAAGCGGCAGAAGAAGAGAAGAGUCUCCCUCUCGCCAGUCACAGAGGGUGGCACCGCUACUAGCCUCUCCUUCCUGGACUCCUGUAACAGCAUGACCCCCAAGAGCACCCCUGUCAAGAGCACCCCUGUCAAGACACUGCCAUUUUCCCCUUCUCAGUUCCUAAAUUUCUGGACCAAACAAGACACUCUGGACCUUGAGAACCCCUCAUUAACCUCUACACCUGUGUGCAGCCAGAAAGUAAUAGUGACCACUCCAUUACACAGAGACAAGACACCAUUGCUCCAGAAAAAUUCUGCGUUUGUGACACCUGAUCAGAAAUAUGUAACAGACAAUACGCCUCAUACGCCUACACCUUUCAAGAAUGCUCUGGAGAAAUAUGGUCCACUGAGGCCCUUGCCACCAACACCUAGCCUGGAAGAGGAUUUGAAAGAGGUUCUACGGAGUGAGGCUGGCAUUGAGUUGAUCAUAGAAGAUGAUGUGAAGCCAGAGAAACAGAAGAGAAAACAAGGCCUGCACAGGAGUCCUAUUAAAAAGGUCAGGAAAUCCCUCGCCUUAGACAUUGUGGAUGAAGACUUGAAGCUGACCGUUUCCGCCAUGGCCAAACCUGUGUGCUUCAAAAGAGCUCAGGUAAGCCAUGAUCAGGCACACUAUUUGUCUCGGAGCCCAGAGGCUAUGCAGUCUGUGAGCUUCCUUUCCCAGUCCCUAAACCUGUCUGUGUCAAGCAGCAAGAAUGAGAGCAGUGUGCUCAAGCGAGGGUUUGUUCAAGUAAAGACAGAGAAAGCACCGUCUUCCAAGAGAAUCCAGAGCAAAUACAGGCCACCAGCCCUGAUGUCCAGUGCCUGGAAAACUGUGGCAUGCGGUGGCUCUAAAGAUCAGCAGAUCAUGCAAGACAAAGCUCGACAGAUUUUGGGCGUGUUGAAACAGAACCACACAUCACGAACACUGAUCUUAUCUUGA